AUGUCUGCUACUCUUGGCCCCAUUGAUCCCACUGCAUGGCCAAGCUCCUAUGGUCGUUCAAAGCGUAUAGAUCUAGAGCAAUUCUAUACCGAUAUACUCAGACAAAACACGCCCCCUGAUAAACCCACGCAAACUACAACCACAAUCACAAAACGCAAGGGCUCCAUCAGAAAUAGACCCUCCUGUGGCCGUAAAGUGAGUUUCUCAGUCGAACCACCCACAGUACACGAGUAUGAGUCAGAACAGACGGCUAGAAUGGAUGCGUGGUCAAAAUUGGAUACAAUGAUGAGUGAAUGUUGGCCUGGCCAUUUGAUCCAGCCAAACCAGGUCACCAGUUAUGGAGAAUUCAAGCGGUCUGUGAUGAGUCAAACUCAACCGAUAUCCACACACGCAGUUGUACCCAGCUACGAAUCGUUCAAGAAGGCAGCCAGCAUUGAUCAUUUUGAGCAGCCUAUCACCAGAAAAAAGUCCAGGGCCCUUGAUAUUUUUUUCCAAAACCCCCCCCCCCCCCCCGUACCUCUUCUUCCAACUAUAUCUCAUCUAUUUAUCUAUUCAAUAAACAUGUCUGCUACUCUUGGCCCCAUUGAUCCCACUGCAUGGCCAAGCUCCUAUGGUCGUUCAAAGCGUAUAGAUCUAGAGCAAUUCUAUACCGAUAUACUCAGACAAAACACGCCCCCUGAUAAACCCACGCAAACUACAACCACAAUCACAAAACGCAAGGGCUCCAUCAGAAAUAGACCCUCCUGUGGCCGUAAAGUGAGUUUCUCAGUCGAACCACCCACAGUACACGAGUAUGAGUCAGAACAGACGGCUAGAAUGGAUGCGUGGUCAAAAUUGGAUACAAUGAUGAGUGAAUGUUGGCCUGGCCAUUUGAUCCAGCCAAACCAGGUCACCAGUUAUGGAGAAUUCAAGCGGUCUGUGAUGAGUCAAACUCAACCGAUAUCCACACACGCAGUUGUACCCAGCUACGAAUCGUUCAAGAAGGCAGCCAGCAUUGAUCAUUUUGAGCAGCCUAUCACCAGUACUCUUGGCUAUGAAUCAUUUAAAUCAACAGCUGCAGCUGCAGCUGCAAUUGCCCAGAAUAAACCACUACAACAAACUCUUGUCCGCCAAUCUAGCCAACCGCUGCCUAUUCGCAACUUAAACCAGCAAUCACUCAACCGUCAACUAAGUCAGCCACUGAGUCGACCUCACAUCCAAUCUACACCUCUUCCCAUUUCAUCUCCCCACAAAAACAUUAAACGACAGGUGCCGAAGCCUCGAAAGCUUGACCUCCGCCCAAUACCAAAUCACCAAUAUGUUGCACAGACAGAUGCGAUCGUUCCACCCUCACCUGCCUCUACAAUUUCAUCCACCACUUCCUCCAUUUCUCCUGUAACACCCACUGCUAAUCUAAUCAUCGACGCUCCUUAUAAGGUAGAAGAAACCAUGAUACCUCUUGCUGGCACAACACCCAAGAAGUCUACGAGCGGAAUACUUGCUGGUCUCUCAAUAUUCCAAACUCUCUCACGCAUGGGAUCUCUUCAGAAGAAGAAGUCGCACUAAAGACAUUCAUUAAUUUAUCAUACUACUUUAUAUUCUGUUUAUAUUACUACACAUCAAUUGGUUUAAUUCAUUCCCUUUAAUUAUUUUUUUCCUUUUCUUUCUCUUCAUUCUCUUUGCUUUCCUUGUUCUCUUCUAAUUACUGUUUUCACAAUGAAAUACACUUCAAUCCUUUACAUAAAAAAAAAGAACAGACAACUCACAUACAUACAAAUAUAUACAUACAAAUAUAUAUACGCUUACUCUAUCUAUUUAUUUACUUCUUUACUUAUAUUCUUUAAUGACCUUAUUGUGGCAAGUCUGGUUAACUGCCAAUAAACAAUAAACAAUAAUCAAUAAAGAUAUAUAAUAUCCCUUUAUUUGGAU